ACAGCGCUCCUAGUCCAACCAGUCUAAAGCAGUCACUGUAGCUGAAAGGGGUUUUCACUCUGCACCUGCCAAAGAUCUUCUCUCUCUCUAUUUUCUCUCUCUCCCUCUGUUUCUCUCUGUUUCUCUCUCAAGGCAGAUCUGUUUGACCCAGCAGAGAUCAAAGACGGCACCUCCCUCGCUAAGAAGAACCGCUACUGAUUUGUGCUAGUUUCUUUCCUCGAAUCUCUCUCCUUUUUCGUGCCAUAUUUAAGCUUUACGUUGCAGUAGUGCCAUCAGUUUUGCAACCAAAAAAAAAAAAAAAAAAAAAAAACCAACAACCCCGGAACCCCAGCUUGGAUCCAGCAACCACCUUGAUUUGAUCCUAGUUGAAUAUUUCUCUUUCCCAAGCACUGGAUGCGAUGGAUGAAGAAUCUGGAAACUGUCUGAGAAAAUCAUUUUCCAGCCAAUGUUUUUAAACAGUCUCGCGGAGGAGAGAGAGAGUGAGUGUGUGUCUCACUGCUGCAUCACUGGUCAAUUUCAAAGGAUGGGCAGAAGCGUUUCCAGCACAUCUGACUAUUAUGGAUGAUUUUUGCUUCUCCUGAAAGCCUUUUAUUUUUAAUAGGUUUUAUUAUUAUUAUUGCCCCCUCCCCUUACUGUCUUUUUUUCUUACCCAAUCAAAGCUUCAGAUGUUGGGGUCUCUUCAAUGAUCCCUUUGCUUUCCCGUUGUGAUCCCUGUAAUAAUAAACAAAAGAAAAGAUAAGAAAAAAUGGGACAGAUGGGUUUAUAAAUUGAACGGCUGUUGGCUUUUGUUUGUCCUAUUGAUUUUUAAAGACUUGCUUUUGUUGUUGUUGUUUUUGCUCAGUACUUGAUGAGACUCAGACGCGAGGACCGACUGCUUUGAGAAUAUUUAUUUCGAACAGCCGAUGGAGAUAACUUUAUCCACUUGAUUGUUGGCGUUUGUUCUCCCUCCGCUCAGAAACCAACAAACACGCUUUUUCUGUGAAAGAGCUCCUUUAAAUAUUCAAAUUACCACCCCCCCCCCCCCCCGAUCAUUUCCUAGGAGGACCCUUGACCAUGAAGAUGAUUUUAGUCCGAAAAUUCAGGGUGCUGAUCCUGAUGGUGUUUCUGAUCGCUUGCACGAUGCAUAUCAUGAUCGAUCUGUUACCAAAGCUGGAGAAGCGAGCUGCGAGGACCGAGGGCCAGGCGGGCUGCUCGUGUUCUCACCCCCCGGGCGAGGAGGCUCAGGGCUGGGGGAAGCAGCGGACUAAGGGCGGCUCGGAUCCGGACUGGCCUAACAAGCACACGCUGCGGAUCCUGCAGGAUUUCAGCAGCGAUCCCAACUCCAACCUCACCUCCCACUCGCUGGAGAAGACCUCGGAGAAAGCCGAAGCUUUUAAGAGGCUGGAACAAAAUGGCAUAAGCCGGGAUCUGGGGCAUAAGCCGCUCAUGCAAGAUGGGAGUCUAAACGCCCAGCCCGUGGGGAUGGGGUACUCCAAACUCGCGGCUCUCUUCGAGCAGCCCCUCUACAAAAUCGCCCCCCCGGAGCUGGCCGAGGAGGAUGUCUUGUUUAACGUCAAUAGCGACAUCCGAUUUAACCCGAAAGCGGCCGAGAACCAGGACUGGCAAAAUGAAGGUAAUGAAGAUGAAGAAUUUUUACCCACCGCAGAAACAUCUGUAGAUUCCUACCCAAACUGGUUAAAAUUCCAUAUUGGUAUUAAUCGAUAUGAGUUGUAUUCCAAACACAAUCCUGCAAUUGAAGCUUUGCUACAAGACCUGGUCUCCCAGAAGAUAACCAGUGUUGCAAUGAAAUCCGGAGGCACCCAACUAAAACUGAUCAUGACAUUCCAAAAUUAUGGACAAGCAUUGUUUAAACCAAUGAAGCAAACCAGGGAACAGGAAACCCCGCCUGACUUCUUUUAUUUCUCAGACUAUGAAAGGCAUAAUGCUGAAAUAGCAGCAUUUCAUUUGGACAGGAUCCUAGAUUUUCGUCGUGUUCCACCUGUUGCAGGUAGAUUGGUUAAUAUGACCAGAGAAAUUAGGGAUGUUACUCGUGACAAGAAACUGUGGAGGACAUUUUUCAUUUCACCAGCAAACAACAUCUGUUUCUAUGGCGAGUGCUCAUACUACUGCUCAACUGAGCAUGCUCUUUGUGGAAAACCAGAUCAGAUCGAAGGUUCUCUUGCUGCUUUCCUACCUGACCUGUCUUUAGCUAAAAGGAAAACCUGGAGAAAUCCAUGGCGGCGCUCCUACCAUAAACGCAAGAAAGCAGAAUGGGAAGUUGAUCCGGAUUAUUGUGAAGAAGUUAAACAAACACCACCCUAUGACAGUGGGACCAGAAUUUUGGAUAUAAUGGAUAUGACAAUUUUUGAUUUUCUAAUGGGAAACAUGGAUCGACAUCACUAUGAAACCUUUGAAAAGUUUGGAAAUGAAACAUUUAUUAUCCACUUAGAUAAUGGAAGAGGGUUUGGAAAAUAUUCCCAUGAUGAACUCUCCAUAUUGGUGCCUUUAAACCAGUGCUGCAGAAUAAGGAAGUCUACCUAUCUGCGAUUACAGUUAUUAGCCAAGGAGGAAUACAAACUAAGUCACUUGAUGGAGGAAUCUUUACUAAAAGAUAAAGUUGCACCCAUCCUUUACCAGCUACAUCUAGAGGCAAUGGACAGGAGGCUACGGAUUGUUCUCAAAGCUGUUAGUGACUGUAUAGAAAAAGAUGGUUAUGUUAAUGUGGUUGAAAAUGACUUUGACACUGAUGUUAACACUAUUACAACCAAGAGGUAGUGAAAUCACAUGACUGCAUUUUUACUAGCUAAGUAAAGAAGAUAAAAAAAGUCUUGCAAAAGACUGUGUAUGCAACUUUGUGAAUUCAAUGAAUUCAAAAAUGAGAUAUAAUUGUUCCCAAAGUAGGUAAAGUGUAGACUCUGUGAAGGAUUAGUUAAUUAAGAAAAAUAAGUCUAAUGUGAUGCUUUUAAAUAGUUCCUAAAUCAGAAUAUGAAAAGGUUUGGAAAAUAUUGAGGUCACUGACAGGUGACGCUAGUCUCGUGGCAAAACACCUCCUACUCUUUUUGUAUAGAAAGGAGGCCUUUAUUUAAUAUUUUGUAUUUAUAUAUGGUAUAUCUAUGAAAACCACAGGCACCUACCUACCAAAUUUAACAAAAGAGGGACAGCAUAGUUUUGUGACUCACAAUUUAAUCUUGGUGACAGUCCACUUAGUAUUUUGUGUUAACCCUUUAAGUGCUCUCAUUCACUGUACCUACUUUAAACUGAAUGCUUUGUUUUUCAACUACUCAGCAUUUAAAGGGUUAAGACACAUGAACUUUUUAAAAGCAAAACUAACAGCCACAACAAUAAUAAGUACCGUGAUUAGCUGGAAGGGGAUUUCGAUAACUGUGCAUUGACAAGAAUACUUGAAUGUUGGUUUUACAGCGUGAUGUAAAAUGACAAGUUGUACUAUUUAUCCAUAAGAAAGUAGCAGCUCUGAUCUUUCUAGACUAUCGUAGUAGGGCUGUUACUUUUCCGACUUUGCUUUUGAUAGUUUUGUGUAAAUAUAUACAUAUAUGGGUAAAAGCUGUUUUCGGCAGCUUCUAGGCUUACUUUUGCAGCAUUUUUGUGGAAUUGUUUGCAAUGUGGUAAAAGUGCAAUAAAGAUAUGGCAAAUGUGUA